AUGGUGACGGAGAUGAUGACGAUGCGGGUGUCCCCCUUCCACGCCCACCUCUGCCUCGACCGCCUCGCCGACCGCGGCCCCGUCCGACGCCUCUGCCUCGAGCAUGGCCUUCACCUCGGGCGUCCGCGAAAAAAAAACGCCCGACUGUGCGUCCUCGAGCGAGGUCUCGUCGCCCCGACACUGCCCUCCUUCGCCCGCCGCCGCCCUUCGGUCCCUCGGCCCGAUCUCCGGUCGCCGUCCUCCACCGCGUCGGCGGCCGCCGCGGCGUGGCGCCACCUGCUGCUCCUCCUCACCGCCCAACUGCUCGCGCUCGCCCUCCUCGCGUUCGCGCUCCAGUGGCGCGGCGGCGGCGUGGACGACGCCGGCUCCCCUCGCCUGGCCGUGCCGGCCCCGUCGAGGCUGCAAUCCCUCCACUCCUCCGCCGCCUCCUGCGUCGAGGUGCUCUCCGCCCCCGCCUUCCCCUACCUCCGCGGCUGGUCCUUCCACUUCGACGCGCCGGACACCCACCACCCCAAAGAGGGGAUGGAGAGCUUUACAAAUGGGAAUGUUAGGUUAUUGAAGCAUGAACGCAGCAUUGUUGCAGAGGAUGAUCUUGACCGUCGGUGGCAGGAAGCCACUGGAGAGGCUGUUUCCGAGGUCUCCAACCGCCCUGCACUCACUGUCCAUCCAAUCGGUGUGCCACAUCUGAGGGAGGAUGAGACCCCCCCCCCCCCCCCUCAAGGUGGGAGGCCUGGAUGGGCAGCGGUGCCAAACCCUCGAAUUGGCCCAUGGUUCCGGUUGAUGCAAAAGGUUGCUGCAGACCAAGGUCUUGUUCCAGAGUUUGAGGUGUGCGUGCAAACGAGCACCUCCGCAAGCCUGGACCAGAUCCUGCCUUUUUUCUCUUCGUCGAGGGCAAGGCCGCCAAGCCCAGCGUCGCCGGGGUCCUCGAGUCCAUCCCCGGGUGUGAAGGUGGUGUACAGGACCAAGGAGCUUGAGGAGCAGCAGGCCAGCCGAAUCCGGAACGAAACCUGGCUCGCAGGAUUCUUCUACAAGCCUUGCAACCACAAACUGUUUUUGAAGCAAGCACUCAACAUGGAGAUGGCCAUUGUGAUGGCCCGGGAAUCUGGCAUGGAUUGGAUAAUGCAUCUAGACACCGAUGAGUUGUUAUAUCCCGGUAGUAUUCCAUCAGACGCCUGUUAGCUGACGUCCCCGAUGAUGUUGACAUGGUUAUUUUUCCUAACUAUGUAAG